UUACGCCGCUGACUGACUUGACUCGGCUUUCAUCGUCCAAACAAUUGGAACCUUCUUUUCCCCCUGUUCUCCCCCCAAACUAUGAAAGCAGGACGCGACACGGAAAGGGAAUAACCCCCUAGAUAAACAGAUUGAUGCCACUUUCGUUUUUUCUCACUCUGUGACCAACACCCCACCCCCUCCCAAAUACUCUCACUUUUUCUCAGAGUCAAAGUCAACCUGCUCCAAUUGCCAGCUAUCUAUACCUCGGGCUUGUGUAUCUCAACAUUCCGAGUUCCCCCGUUUUUCUGGUACAUUUCCAACAUUCCAACGACAGACCUCUCCUGACCCCUCUCAGCAAAUCACAGAGGAUUGUAUUUACAACCAAUAAGCCACUCCGGCUAGUUUCACACACAUUUUAUCCCAGGCUCUCCCUCUCUCUCCCUCUCUCCUCUAUCAUCUCUCCCCAACCCCAUCCACCCGCAAAGCCGGCUAUAGGGAGUACGAGCAAAAGCGGCGUUGCUAGAAAUCAUCAAUUACCCUCCUAAGUCUUCUUACUGCUGGGGGAACCACUGCCUAUUUUUUUACCAACUGUAUUCAACUUCAAUAAACACAGGGUCGGGAGUAUUGCGUCGCUUCUCACUCCGUGCCCAGGGCUAACAUCUGUGAUAGGAGCACCAGACGGACUCCUCCUCAAAGUUUGCCAACGAUUCUCAUCUUUUGGUUUGACGUUUCCUUCCAUCAAGCCACCUGUGCGCUGAGCUGAGCUUUGACGCUUGUCAGCGUGGUUUGUCUCAUCUGUACGUCCCCUUGUGCUAUACGAACGGACGGACAGUUAGGCAAUGCUAACGUUCUCGUCGGGGAAAGGAUUCAGAACGGCUGGGGAUUUGACAGCUCUGCCUGGGCUUUUUCUGCUGCAAUCCCGUGGCCUUUAGGACUAAAUCUACGGCUAGAAUCAGUUACUCUUUUGCCGCUCUUAAAGGGAAGCGAGACCCAUGAGAACUUACAACUUUUGAGUCACAUACAAUCACAGUGGAGGAAAUUUUGUCAUCCCUCUUAUCUUGGUGUCUUUGUUUAAUUGUAACACCUAGAUGUUCAUAACAAAUAUUUUGAUGCUGGCAUCAUUUAUCCUCCUUUGAACCUCUGGAUCAUUGUGUUCUCUGCUUUGUUUUGAAGACGAAAAAAAGCUGCAAGAUCAAAGGUCAUAGCUCGUGAUAGUGCUUAUUCUAUUGGAUACAUGGAUACAGGAAUACUCUCCUCCAAUUAGUACACUCUCCAGAGCAUCUUGAGAAAGGGGUGUAACUCUUUUUGAAAAUUGAUAUUAAUAUUUGGAGUGGAACCGAGCGAAACCAAGUCAGCGCCUCCGAUCUUUUAUUCUGUUUGGAAACUUGAGAUGAAGACUCUUGCUCAAUCUCCGUAUAUCAUUCCUUCACAGCAGCAGCCAACAGCGGUUUGGGUUUAUUCGACAUACCCCACCAUGAGAGGCAUGCCCGGGCCCCACAGUUCAGGCAGUGGGGGGUCAGCGGGGUCGUCCACCCCCUCCUCACAGCUACCAUCACCACAUUCCCCUUCGUCACAGAGUAGCAAUAGUGGCAACGAGCAGCUCAGCAAAACCAACCUCUACAUCCGGGGCCUUCCAGCCAACACCACAGACCUAGACCUGGUCAACCUAUGUAAACAAUAUGGAAACAUUGUAUCCACUAAGGCAAUACUUGAUAAGGAAACAAAGCAAUGUAAAGGUUAUGGCUUCGUUGACUUUGAUAACGCCCUCUCAGCCCAGAAAGCAACCAAGGACUUACAAGAAAAGAACAUCCUGGCACAAAUGGCAAAGGAGCUACAGCAACAAGAGCAGGAUCCAACCAAUCUGUAUAUAUCGAAUCUGCCUCACAAUAUCGAUGAGAAAGCUUUGGAGAGUAUGCUAUCACCCAUCGGUCAUGUAAUCAGUACUAGGAUAUUGAGGGAUACCACCACGCACGACAGCCGAGGCGUAGGCUUUGCAAGGAUGGAAUCAAAAGAGAAGUGUGAAGAAGUCAUCCGGCGAUUUAACGGGGUCACAUUAGAUCCCAGCCAACAAGAACCUCUACUAUGCAAAUUCGCUGACGGUGGCGUCAAAAAGCGAAACCAGAUUAACAAGCAGGGCCGCGGGCCGCAGUCGGCCACGAACUGGAUGGGCCGGCCGACCGAAGCAGGCGCACUCACGUACGAGAGCCUAUACGCUCGCAAUGGGGUACCCAUGAUGCCUCACCAGCUGAGCGCAGCAGCGUACAAUCUAGGGGGCGGUGUCACGUAUGCAAGUCUACCGGCUGCCAGCACUCCACAAUGGAUACAGCAAACGUCACCUUACAUUGUUCAGCCACAAAUCACGUCUGCCCAGCAGCAGUCUGUAUACGGAGAACCCAGUAUGGCCGGUAUGGCUAGCGGUCAUCCCAUGGUCCCUACUGGUCUCUCGACACAACUCGGUCAACUACAACUAGCAUCCUCAUAUAUCCAACAAACCAACCCAUACGCACACCUAGGACAUGCAUACCAGACUCAACUAUUACAUCCGGUAACAGUCGAUGACCAAGUAGAAGAGCAGCAAACGAUGAGCGCCGCCCAGCAGUAUUAUGCCUCAGCCGGAGCCAAGUGAUGAGUGUUACCCCACCCCCUUCAGCCUCAACACUGUCAUUGUGAUUGGUAGAUUAUCCUAAAGUGAACCUAUGUGUGGCAGAUUAACAAGAUUACCUCGUAGGGGAGAAAUAGAAAAAGAAAUAAAAACGACAAGCAGCCCGGCAAGUCCAACACCCUCAUCUAGCAGCUCAUCGUCAUGGAAACGUGUAGAUUUCAGCAUCCCUCCCAGAAAAUAAGUAGAGACGCCAUGUGAUGCGAGAUGAAACAUGAAAAAGCGGAGUCCAAGAAGCGUAUUUUUGUACAAUGUGUAUUGAUCACCAUUUCUAGACUCCACAAGAAAUGCACGGUUCUUGUAUCAGUCCUGGAAAGAGACAGAGAAUUCAAUAGUCAACGGGUUACGUUCUUGAUACGACAAAAACCGUGAGCACAAACAGAGAGAGCUCUUGUAACUUGAGAAAUGCGCUUUCAAAUUGUGAUGACAUUCAAAAGCAUGUUAGGAGCAAGAAAGGAGCUAUUUUAAAGGAAGAUGUUCAAAUCUUUUAAAAGCAAUUUUGAAAAUAUUCUGUGUGCGUAUGAGAUGCUGUAAAUAGAGUUCUGCGGUGAACGCGAGGAAUUUUAUUCCAGUUUUGAAUGUUGUGUGGAACUCUUUCUUAUCUUGCCCUAACCCGUUAGUCUGCGAAAGUCCUCCAUUAGGUACUGGAACUCUUUUAAUCAUGCCAAAAGCAUUUUUAACCAAUUUAAUAUUUGAUCAUCUUUUAAUGCUGAAUGAAUGCAACAUUUUAUCAAUUUUAAAUGAGAUUGCAAUUCAUGAAAUAAUCAAUUUCUUAUUAUUUCUGCAAGUGAAGAUACAGAAAACAGUUGUGAAAUGAACUUGAAAUGUCAAAGCCAUUGGACUGACUGAAUUUUUAAAGUAGAAAAAAGUAUAGUUCCUGUUUUUAUUCAUGCGUGAGAAGAUGGCUGCUAAGGUUUUUAGAAAUUUGCCGUCGUUUUAUCCCUCGAUUAUGAACAUUUUAGAGUAGGGUGCUAGAUUUUGUGUAGGAUGAGAAUCUUGUUUUGAAACCAUGCCCCAUUUUAGUGUCUACCUAUGUUUUGUACGUGUUUGGGGAGUUUAUUCUGAGAGGCAAUAAAUAUAACUAUUAUGGAUUUCUGAUGAUUGUCAAUGAAUUUUAAACAUCAUGAAGAAACAAAAAUACAAAAGAAUGAAAUGAAUAUUGAGGUUUAUCUGAAUGUAUUUAUAAACAAUGAAUUUUGAAUAUCUCAUGACGAUGAUUGUAAGAUGAGGUAGCAACUCGUGAGUUUAAAAUAAUCAUCUCCUUUUCGUUGUUGCAAAUGAAAUGUUUGCAUUUGUUUGAGAUGAGUUAUUCUUUGCUGUCACGAUGCGACAGGAAGUCGAUUUUGCAUUGUAGUAAGAUAAUGCAUACCAAAAUAUACCUCUUAUGCGGAGAAGGGAGUAUGCUCAAACUAAAUGUGUUGAACGUUUUUUCAAGUUGAGCAGACGUUAUACUAGCUAUUGUUGUCGAGAAAUCUUCAAGCUGCCGAAAUUUAUGUGAAAUGUUGUAGCGUAUGUAAGUUUCAUUGUGUAGUUCGAGUAGGUAUGUAGAUAAGAUCGAUUGUGUUUGGAUGAAAAUUUGUAAAUGUGAAGUACAUGUAUGUUUCUAUUUUGGCAUUCUUUUUUUUUCCUCGUAGAUUUCAUAAGAAUUUUUGUUGUUGUUGUUGUAUAUAUGGUAGAUGUUUCCACGACGGGGGAAUCCCGGUGAGAUUUUUUGUACAUGUGUUUCUGUACGGGGACAAAUUUGAAAUUGGAGGUGCGAGAUUCAGGGUUUGAUGACAGAAAGAGUAUGAUGGAUACUCGAUAUAGAAGUCAAUGAUUUGAUAAUGGAGAAUGAAUUUGUGAAGAAUAUAGAUGAAAGUCUAGAUUAUGCAAGAUAGAACGUAUGAGCAUGUAACAUGUUAUAUGUGUACUGCUCAUUACAUUGCAGCUUAAUAUAUCUAUGAAUAUUGACAAAUGUAUAGGCAGUGAUUGAGAUUCACUUGGCAGAAGGCGGAUGAAUUGUUUUUUGCUGCAUUGUGUAGUAGCAAUAAAAAGUGGGAGGUAAAUUGGCAACAUAGUUGCCAAUUUGAAGAGAGCUGCAAUGCUUUGGUAAGAUGUGAUUACGAUGGGUAGCUCAGGGACUUAGUGAAGAGAUAUGAGAGAAGACGGCAUUAUACGCCGUGAAAACAUGGAGAUGUGUGAACGAUAGCAAGGAUUGGAUAUUGAAAGAAACGGAAAUAAAAAUAGAAUGGCGAUGACUUUAAAUGAUUAUGUAUGUAUGUUGAUGUGAAAUUUGGUUGUACUUUCUGCGAGAUUUAAGAUCUUAUUCGUUCCACAGACAUCUUUACGUUGACCUUUUUUUUGGUUCAUCUUUUGUCCUUAUUUUUCUUCGGUAUGACUUCUAAGCACUCAUGAAUUCCAGCACUUACAUGUAUGUUUGUUGUUUGUGUCUUUUUUUGUUUGUUUUUCUUUGGUUAAUUUGUUAUUUGAAAAAGAGGAAAAAGAUAGAUAGCACUCGUGUCUUUUCAAAGUUUUAAAAAAUUACAAAAUUUUCUUCAGGCUAUGCCAGUUUCUAUGUGCCUUCCAAAAUAAAGUUCUAUUUAUUGAAUAGCAUAAGAAGAAGAAGAAGAAAAAAACACAAUUGUUUGUAAUCACAACUCGUAUUACAUUUGUGGAAUCUUUAUGUGUAGAGCACCUAUGCAGAGAAAACAUUCUUUUCAUCGUUGAAUGAGGUUCAUGUUGCGUUGCCAAGACCUGUGAUAAUCUACCGUAAGCUUUGCAUGCUUUGUUAAAGAGCGAGAUGCAAGUUCGGUGAAAUACUAACUGCUAUUGGAUAUUUGUUACAGUGAUGUUUUACAAGAAGAGUUUAACAAAAUGACAGAGAGAGUUUAUCUUUGGGAUAUGAGGUGUACAUGUGGAGCAGGUUUAGACUUGUUGAUCGUAAACGUUUACCUCGGUCUAUAACCAGUGUAAUUGGACUUGUGCGGGGAUAAAGUAUAUCGAGGAGGAGAACGCUUCUAAUCCAUGUACCUUGCCAUUAUCCAAACAUUUCUGUUUUUCAUCGUAAUAAGAAGCUCUUAAACAUAGGUUUAUAUUAUCAUUACAUUAUUUACAUUGAUACCCGACAAUUGUGAAACCAAUUUAUUAUUCCGUCACCUAAGUAAUAUGAAAGUAAUGCUUUCCCGCAGUUGGUGAACCAAAAGUUUACCUCAGUUUGACAAUGCAUAAUUGAAGGGCUAAAAUGGUUUUAUAAACUGUGUUAUCUUCCCCUCCUCCUCCCCCCCCCCCCCCCCCUCUCUCUAUUCUUGGUAGAUUAAAAUACAAAGGCAUAAUAAUAAAGUGAAUUCAAGUAUUUUAUGUCAAACGAGAUACUCUAUUAAAAACCUUCCCUGUAUCUUCACAUGCAUGUUUGCUUCAUGUACCCAAGAUUUAAAACAAAAGAUGAGAGUUCAUUAGUUUUUAUUACCCCCAUGUUGUAAAAAAGACCAUGGACAAUAAUGCCCCCUUCCCAUGCUUCUUGUUUAUCUUUAAUAUACAUUCAUAUUUAAGUCUUGUCUGUCGGAGAGGAAAGUAGUUGUUUUAUUCUCGUGAUAGUUGUCUGUUAUCGUACGUGAUGGUUAUAUUUUUCACUGAAGCUGACAAAAUAAAAGAACUGUGUGUGUGAGCUCUUAUAUCUACAAGAUUUUUUGUUAAAUAUGUGGAGACUCGAUCUAUUGGUGAAUAUAAAAAAAUACUUGCAGACAUAUUUCCUCUUAGAUUGUCUCUUUACAAGUACCUUAGAGAAACAUUGUCUAGAUAUUUCAAGAUAUGAAACUGCAGUUGAUGGAGCGUAGUAUUUUGUACGUAAAAAAUUAUCCCACCUACUGACUUUCGGGACUUGUGAUAAAAACUUGUGACUCGUUGAUUAAUUUUGUUAUACCCUGCAAAUUGGCAGUAUGCUUUACUUUGUCGUUGUUUGUGUUUUUUUUCUUGUAAAUGGAGAUGUGAUAUAUAAUUUGUUUUAUUUUUUUCCUGUCUUCCUUCGAAAAUUGUGUUUGGGUAGGUCAUGAAAGCACACGAUGAAACUGUAUUCAUGAAUUUUGUUUAGUUUUGUGUUGUGCCUGUGUGGUUUUCUUUGUCAUUUUCUAAUGGUAGAUCUGUCGAGUAAUGUAACAAUAGCAUGCUUAACUGCUGCUGUCGUAAAAGUUAAAUCUCAACUUUGCAUUGGAGAUCGUUCUUCUAGUCGGCGUCUUGAGUUGUGGAAUGAAAUGUUCGUUAUUCGUGAGAAAAUCUCUCAGAUUCUAAGGACCAUGUUGUACAUAUGACAGUGAACGAAGUUUUUCCACGUGAUCAAGUUCCGAUUCGAUUUAGCUCAUAUGUUGCGCUGAAACGAGUGUGAUUUUUUUCCUUCUCUUUAUGAUGAUUUUGAAGCAUUUUGAUUUGUCUGUGUACAGCUAAUUUUUAAUUUGUCUCAUUUUUGUUCUUUCUCUCAGUUGUUUUCACGUGUCGUCGUAAGUUUGCUACGAGAAGACAGAAUUUCUGACAUUGUAGAUUUGAUCUAACACUAUGAGUUGUAUGUUAAGUGCUGCUGUAUAUAUAUAGCCUAGGCUUUAAGAAUAUUUCGUUUUUUUGUUUUGGUAGUUAUCUAGAAGAUUUGAUUGUCAUCUUAUUUCUUUUGUCCUCUCUCCACAUGUUCCGUUUCAUGCUUUUUUUCUAAGAAAAUAUUGUAAGAUUGAUGGAUUUUGUGGAGAACAAGUCAGAUCCAUUUUAGUGUUAUUAGAGAUAAUGAGAUACACGUAGGUACGCUUUAGACACAAUUGUGAAGAUAGAUUUUAAUGAAUUUUAUGAUGAAAUGGUAGCGAGGAGACAUGCCUUUCAAGGGAUGACGUCUGUAAAUUAUAUAAGAUUUUUUUAUGAGUAGCAGAUUAGAUGUGUAGUCCUAGUGAGAAUCCGAAAUGUGUGAUUUUUACUUCUUUGUUUUAAAAGCAAAAAAAAUGAUAAAAAUGUUGAAAGGUUUUGAGAGAGAAAUGCAGUCAAGUUGUACAGAUGAGAUGAAGGGGUCAAUAUUUGAGAGAAGAUGUAUGAUUUCUUUUUUUUUUACCUGGACUGUUGUUUGUGCUUGCUUUUGCUACGAUAGGUGACAUUUUAGAUUUGAAUGUCAAUGAUGUGAUCUGCCAGUGUUCAAGGAUGGGUAGCAUACGAGAUUGAAGUCUCGUGUUUUGAAAGAACGUAGUUUUUCGUUACACUUUUCUUCCCGUUACACACUGGGAACUCAUCGAUUCUUCCCCCAACCAAAACUGAAUAUUUAAAAAAGAGCAAACAGCAAACAGUAAAUUUUGGACGAAUCUGUCUGAGGUAUUGUACAAUUGAUUCAUUGCAAAUUGAUGACUCCGAAUCUGAAUAUAUGAAACGAUUCGUUAUGAGGUUUCUGCUUAUAUGUACAGAUACAGCAAGUAAAACUCUUCCCAUACCGGUUUUGAACGACUUCUGUACAAUUGUAUAUUGUGUACAUUACAAGGGCUUCACAAAGAAAUUUAUUGUUGAAAUCGAUAUUGCUCUAUACUUCCAUCUGAGUGAGAAAAAAAAAGUUGCUUCAGAAAUUCUAUGAAAAAUGUUUUUUUUUUUAUUUAAAUGUGUAUUGCAUCUAAAUUUGUUUCAUUACCGUAAGGUGUGCGCACCUCAGUCAAAUCAAUAUUGAAUCAGCUGACAAUAUCAGAAGCAUUUUUACUGCGAAAAGAACGAAAAAACAUAAGAGAAUUGAUACGGGUUCAUAAAGCACCAUUGGCUGCUUACACUCAGAGAGUGCCAAUGUGCAUCAGGCGAGAAAAUGUUAUUUACAAAAAUGAGAAAAGGAGGCUGACACUCGUAGGGUGCUCUGACCAAAUGAAUUCUCCUUAACCUGUUCAAUUCCACAACCGAGAAAUCUCAUUAAUAUACAUUGGCUUAAAAGCUGGUGGAUGAAAAACAGUUAAGGUAGACUAUGUAGUUUUAACAAGAGAGUAUUAGACUUCAUGGAGGUAUGUUUAUGUUGUAGAUUGGUUUUGUAAUUGUCGGUGAUGAGGGGGAAGGUUUUCUUUUUUCUUACGUUUGCUUUUUUCAAGACUUUUAAGAUAUUUCUUCUGUGAAUUAAAAAAAAGUAAUAAAAAUGAAGAAAAAAAAAAGUAGAGAAAUUAAUAAGUAAAAGAGAGAGUUUGUAGGGUGAAAUAGACCAUGGUUGAAUGGAGAUUUGUGUGCCAUGGUCAAAGUCUGAAUUAAAAAUUGAAUCACUAAGAAUGGA